AUGCUCAGCAAUUAUGAAGUCCUGGCACAUAUCCAAGAGGUUAAGCAACGAUACCGCAACCAAGUUGCUGAUCAGGGCCCAGCUGCGGCUAUGAAGCCAGGGAAUUUAGAAACAGUAAUGAAAGAGGUUAUUGAUUACCUCUCAACAACUGCUGCGAUCGCUCAGACUCCCGAAGCCACUACGAAGCUCGUGGAAGACCUAGCAAAAUCUCCCCUCCAAUUCGAGAAAAUAGAAGUGCUCAUGAUCUUGAACCAUCUACCAAAAAAUGAGACCGAAUUAGAUGUUCUCAUCGAGGAGCUAGAAUCGAGGCUCUCAGAAGAACAGAUUACAAAAGUUCUCGACACAAUUCUGUCCGCCACCCGGCCUAAGGCUGACCAUGAUACCUUAGAGGGCUGA